CGACUUCUUUGUCAUGCAGGAUCGGCACUGCGGUCGUGGAUUUUCCACCUAUUAUUCUUUUCUUUUAUUUUCGGUUUUCGUCCGAUCUCUAUUUGCAUUACCCAAUCGUGUCGUAACAGAACAGCUUUGUCUAGUAUACGAUCGCACGGCCUUGUUCCGAGCGGUCUUGAAUAUGUGCUGCCCCCACGUUUCCAACGCUACCUCGGAUUUACCUCCAAAACUCGAGUGAUCAACGGGCCAGUUCCCCGCAGAUUGUCAAACCCCAGACCGAGCUCCCCAUCUGCCGCGGUGGGUCUGCGUGGGGAUAGAGAACCUACCC